AUGGCUCAAGAGUAUAAACUCAAGGGUAUCACCUCGUUGAGUGAACUGAAAUCCUCUACUGAUAAAAUUGAGGUGGAUGUUGAAGGCAUUCCCGAUGGAAAGGUCCUGCUUGUCAAUCUCGACGGCAACAUCCACGCCCUGAGUCCACGAUGUACGCAUUAUGGCGCACCACUGAAGAAUGGUGUAGUGGCACCUGAUGGACGAAUUACUUGUCCUUGGCACGGAGCUUGCUUCAAUGUCACGACCGGAGAUGUCGAAGAUGCUCCUGCUCUCAACGCUCUGCAUAAAUAUGACGUCUUCGAGAAAGACGGCGCAGUCUACAUCAGUGCUGCAGAAGCCGAUAUCAAAUUUGCUCAGCGAGACCCAGUCUGGAAAUGCAGUCCUUCCAAAUCCGAGGAAAAGGUCGUUGUUGUAGGAGGUGGAAGUGGAGCAAUCGGCGUUGUCCAAUCCCUCCGCGAACUGAAAUACCCCGGUCAAAUCACCAUAAUCUCCACAGAGCCAGAAUAUGUUAUCGACCGUCCCAAGCUCUCCAAAGCCCUCAUUCCAGAUGCAUCAAAGAUUCUCUGGCGCCCCGCAGAAUGGUACACCGAGGCCGGAAUCGAGACCUUAGUCGACGAAGUCAAAGGCGUAGACUUCACUUCAAAGAGUCUCUCAACAGCCUCCGGUAAAACAAUCUCCUACACAAAACUUGUUCUCGCAACAGGCGGUGUUCCACGCACACUACCAUUGCCGGGUUUCAAGAAUAAUGAACUCAAAAACAUCUUCACCCUGCGUACUGUCGCAGAUGUAGCCGCCAUACUAGAUGCAGCAGGAACCACACGCAAGAAUAUCGUUGUAAUCGGCAGUUCCUUCAUCGGUAUGGAGGUUGGAAAUGCUCUUGCAGGCAAAGACCAUGCCGUAACAAUUGUCGGCAUGGAAAGUGCCCCAAUGGAACGAGUCAUGGGCGUGGAAGUUGGCCAGAUUUUCCAACGAAAUUUAGAGAAAUCAGGCGUGGUGUUUAAACUAUCUGCGGGUGUGGAAAAAGCUACUCCAUCUCAGGAGGGUACUGUCGGUGCUGUUCAUCUGAAGGAUGGGACCGUUCUUCCAGCUGAUCUCGUUGUUCUGGGCGUUGGUGUUCGUCCUGCGACGGAUUAUCUACAAGGGAACUCGGCUAUCUCCUUGCUGAAAGAUGGUUCUAUUGCUACGGAUGGACACUUCGUUGUCCCAGGAUUACGGGACUCCGUCUUUGCGGUGGGCGAUAUCGCGACGUACCCGUAUCAUGGACCUGGUGGCAAUGGUGCGCCGGUUAGGAUUGAACAUUGGAAUGUUGCGCAGAAUGCUGGCCGGGCUGUUGCGAGAGCGAUUGUUCAUGAGCGCAGAGCAGCGUUGACGUCUUUGGCGCCAAGACUGUUCAUUCCUAUCUUCUGGUCGGCCCUUGGUGCUCAAUUGCGCUACUGUGGAAACACGGUCAAUGGGUAUGAUGAUGUGGUUUUGCGCGGAGAGCCGGAGAACGGGAAGUUCGUUGCGUACUAUACGCUUGAUGAUGUGGUUGUGGCGGUUGCUACUAUGGGAGUGGAUCCUGUGAUGUCUCAGUCGGCGGAAUUGAUGAGGAGAGGAAAGAUGCCAGGUAAGAAGGAUAUCCUUGGAGGAUUGGAUGUGUUGCAGGUGAAGUCGUAA